AUGGACGAUAAUCAAAGUGCAGGAAACGCCAAGACCACCGGGACCGCGGACGAUGAAGAGGGCUUUGAUCUGGACGAUCUUCUCCCGACUGUCGGGGAGUUCGGUCGCUACCAGAGGCAACUCCUUUGGUUCGUAUGUCUUCCGGCGUGUCUGCCCUGCGGGUUUUGUGCCUUCAACCAGCUUUUCAUGGCCGACACGCCACCCCAUUGGUGCAACGUGCCAGGCUUGGAAAGCCUGGACAUCUCCCGUAGAAGGAGACUCGCGAUUCCUACUAUUCAGGACGACAAUGAAACGUACAGUCAAUGCACACGAUACGAUAUCGAUUGGACAGCUAAGAAUAUUUCUGUCGUGACGACAGCUUCGUACGUACCAAACACGUCGUGGCCUGUUGUACCAUGCGACCAUGGUUGGGAAUACGAGACAUCGGAAGUCGUGUCUUCCAUCGUUAUUGAUUUCAAUCUAGUGUGCGACUAUGCAAUUUAUCCAACGAUCGGUUUGGUCGCCUUGAACACAGGAGGACCCAUAGGCGUGUACCUGUUCGGCACUCUAAACGAUAGAAUCGGUAGAAGGCUAUCGUUUUUCACCUGUUUGGCGACGUUAAUCACCGGUGGUUUUUUAACCUCCAUGUCGAACAGUUUCUGGACAUGGGCUGCUACACGUGUUGUCGUCGGUUUAACCAUUCCAGCUAUUUAUCAGAUACCAUUCAUCAUAUCUCUGGAACUUGUUGGACCAAAUUAUCGGUCUUUUGUGACGGUAAUGACAUGCAGUUUUUACACAAUGGGCCUGUGUAUGUUGGCUGGUGUGACUUAUUUGAUAAGAGAUUGGAGAACGCUUGCUCUAUCAACAAGUGCACCUUUUCUCUUAUACUCGUUAUAUUGGUGGUUUCUCCCAGAGUCGCCUCGAUGGUUGUUGGCGAAGGGUCGCCUAAUCGAGGCUAACGAUAUCCUCGAGAGGCUGGCAAAGGUAAACGGGAAAGAGUUACCAGCUUCUUUCACGCAGAAAUUACGGCAACGAAUGAUGAUGUCACGGUCGAAAAGCGAGGAGGAACGAUUACGUAGCGGACCUGGUGUUUUGUCCCUUUUCAAGACUCCGAAUAUGCGUCUGAAAACAUGCUUGAUCACUCUGAAUUGGUUUGCUAAUAAUAUGGUGUACGUGGGUUUGUCGUACUAUGGCCCGGCAUUGGGGAACGAAGAACACCUGAGUUUCUUUUUCUCAUCCCUCGCAGAAAUUCCAAGUUAUAUGGCUUGUUGGGUCGUGAUGGAUCGAUGGGGUCGUCGCUGGCCUCUUUGUUUAAGCAUGGUCGUCGCUGGAGUCUCGUGCAUCGCCACUGUUCUCUUGUCACCGGAUGCCGUGGUGACCACGUUGAUUUUGUUCCUCCUAUCGAAAUCCGCGAUAUCGGCCUCUUUUCUAAUUAUAUACCCGUUCGCUGGUGAACUUUACCCCACGCAACUGCGCGGCAUAGCGAUUGGUUUCUCUGCUUACAUCAGUGGUCUCGGACUUAUCAUCAUUCCUUUUGUUACGUAUCUCGGUAAGGAGAACUUGGUGUUGCCGUUAGUAAUUCUCGGCGUGGUAUCGGUUAUCGGUGGACUGUCUGGCUUGCGUUUACCCGAGACUCUCCAUCAUCGAUUGCCUCAAACCGUGGAGGAAGGGGAGUUGUUCGGGAAGGAUUGGACAUGUGCCGACUGCUUCCGUUGCGUCCCAAUCAAACCUUCAUCAGCUGCAGCUUCUUAUGAGGAUCUUUCAGCAAGAGAGACGGUGGAGAUGCACGAAGUACCGGAGGCACCGAUUCCUCAGAGAUUGCUAGAAGACCAACAAAGACCGAGCGGUGCUAGUGUGCGCCGUUUGGUCCGUCAGUCUAGCGUGAUGGACACGCAAAGGGACUCGGAUGGGUCCAUCAAGAUGACUUACUGGUUCUAGAAAACCUCGAGUUUACAAAUAAAACCGAAUCAUGAAACGACAGAGUUGGUAUACAAAACACGAGGAUUAAGGUUUGGAGAAACAAAAGUGUGAGAAGUCAGCCAUGGAACCGACUGGUGGAAUGGAUCGAGCUGUCCGUGCUUUCUCGAUCGAAUUUUUGCCUGUAUUUCCCCUAUGUCUUCGAUUCAAAGUCGUGUCGUUCUGUUGUAGCAGCUGAAAAUACAAGAACGUCGAUUCGUACACGUA